AUGUCUGGCGAACGGCCCGUUUUUGGUUUCUGGGGGCUGGUUGGAGCGGUCAUGGUUGCGUUGAAGCUCAAAGAGCACUACGAUGACCACUAUGAGACUCUUCCUGGAGCAGAAGAAGAAGGCCUCAGUCGUGGCCCGAUUGCCCUCCGCACGCCCAACGUGGACGAGGAUGCGCAGGACGGCGCGUCGCUACUCGACACCGAGCUUCCGUCACGACCUCGGCGGAAGCGUAGGGACUGCUGUAUGUGCUGCGGGAUGCGCUGCGGAUUGUUCUGGAAGGCGUUCGGAAUCGUCUGUCUGCUGCUUGUUGGGUGGCAGGCGGUCAAGUUCGCCAUCUGGAUGGCUACGCCGAAGCCCACCGGCCUUGAGGGCAUGCCCCAGUUCGGUACUUCGCUCGGCUGCGAUAGCGCGCCGCAUUUCUACAGGGAUGGCAAGUUCGAGGUCCGUGUGCCUGUCGGUCAGAAUCAGGGUCGUGGCGACCAUUCCAUGGACUUCCGCAACGGCUUUGGUACGGUCGUGAUCGCGCAAGGUGACGAAGACCUGAAGGACAUCAAGUACGAAAUGACAGUCCGGUCCGAUAACCAGGAGUACCUCGACCUCAUCAAACUCGACGUCCCCACUCAGCAGGAAAUUGACAGUGCCGAAAAGGAGUCCCGUCUUCACCUUCUCAUGCCAUCCGUCAGGAACGCUUGCAUUCGCUAUGACGUUACUGUCUACCUGCCCACAUCGGUGAAGACGUUCCACGUCAUGUCGCACUCGGUCACACAGGUCAAGUUUGACCCCGACUCCAACUUCAACUUCAACUCCCUUGCCGUCACAAUGUACAACAGGGGAGAGAAGAACAUGGUCCUCCCUACCGAAGGCAUCCACGCGACCAAGUCGAAGCUCCAGAUGAACGAGGGCUACCUCGUCGGCGACAUCACGCUCGUCAAUGUUGUGGAGCUCGUCACCCAACGCGGCAACGCCACGAUGAACGUCCGCGUGCACCCCGCCCCAUCAUCCGCGGAGACCCCGGCGCCGGCGAGGCUUCUCACGUCGUCGGGGGCAGGUCGUACGGACGUCCGGUACGUUGAGCACGCCGCGCCGCACCGCCCGAUCGACGCGACACAUCACGUGUCGAUGCGCGGAGAGCUGUAUCUCACAUACGAGGACUCGGCGUUCAACGGCACCGUCGAGGUCGAAGCCACGUCGUUCUCCGCCAAACGCCUCCAGAAUGCGUUCAAGGAGGACGGCGGGCUGCCGUACGUCGGCAGCCGCGAUGGAGCGGACAAGAUGGUGGUCAAGACCCAGGGUUGGGCCGGGUUGUACUUCUGA